UGCAUUGGAACAAUCCAUCGUUGAGAAGUGAUUACGAAGACAGUUCCGGAAUGUCCCUGUACUACACUCCAGUGUUACGGCCUUAUAAUCUCGGAAACUUGAUGAUAGGAGAAAGUCAAUUCAGUAUCCCACCCGGAGAAUCUCGUCAUAUCAUAGAGUCGGAGUGCAGUUCCACGUGCUCUGAUCGAAUCAUGACCAGCUCUGUAAACGUCGUCAGUGGUCUGAACCACAUGCAUUACAUGGGUAGAGAAAUGACUACUUUUCACACACCUGCUGGUGGUGCUGAGCGGGCUAUAAUGGCUGACCCUCAUUAUAGUUAUGAUAACCCCGUAGUUCAUAUCUUUGAGUCUCCAUUAGAAAUCAAGAAAGGCGACGUGCUAAGGGCAAAGUGUUCUUUCACUUCAUCACGAAAAAACGCAACAACCUUCAGCGGAGAAGCAACUUCACCAGAAAUGUGUUUCGGAUUUUUGUUUUACUAUCCAAAAGAAUCCAUAAUUACAAACCAGUGCACUACUUUGAUGGGUUUGCCAGGGUGUUCCAUAAAUCAUGGAACUGACUUAAUAGACGGAUGCCAACUCAAGUCGUUCUUCGAAGACUCUGCGUAUUUUACACAAGUGUUUACAGAGCUCACCCAGCGAUGUGAAACCUUCUUGUGCCGCAAGGAAUGCAAAACCUACGUCCAGGAACUAAGAGAGAAUCCUUGUUUCCAAGGCAGGGUAAAAGCAUACGUCGAUCGUGUUUUCAGCUUUUACGUUGGUGUAAAUGAAAUGGCUCUCUACCAUUCCUGUGAUACCGAGCUCGCACUUGAGGCUGCAGGACCGUGUACAUGUACAACAGAGUCACCAAGACCAUGUGUAGAGUACACUGGAGCAGCUGUUUCUCACCAGACGUCGCUUUAUCUGCUUCUGGUAGCUAUGGCUACAGUAUAUUCAAUGUAGCAGAAGUGUACAUUUCCGUUCAAUUUACCGCACAUAUAGUAACCUCCUUCAAGUAUGAUUCGCCAAUACAGAUGUAUAUACUUUCUGAUUGUUAAGGACAAAAGCAUUUUUAUUUUAUAGCUUGUAUACCAAAAAAGACAUUAGUACCACUAAAGAAAUUUAGAAUAGCGAAAUGAUGCCCGAUUCUCAUGUUGACAAAACGUUCUAAACCUGUUUUUGAUCCACGUAUUAUAUUACGUAAAACAUUAUUCAACUCCCUCUACAACAGUUGUGAAUAUAAAAUAUUGAUAAAUGUAUAGUAUACUGUCCUAGUGUCUUUCCCGUCCUCCUGAAAUAGACAUACAUUUAUACAUAUGAUAAUUAAAAUGUAAUUGCUUUAAUAUGAUCUAUAUGUGUUCAAUUUAGUUAAAAAUAUUUUUGCUGCUUCCAAUGCAAACCUAGAGGACUGUGCACCAAGCAGUUUCUUACAAUACAUUGAAUUCAAACAUAAAUCUGUGUUCAUUAUGAGGUGUAACCCAUGGUACAUUUUAAUUUCACUUCGAUAUAACCCUUUUUUUUCAACACAAAUAAUAUUUCCCCAUACAUGUAAUUUUGAUACAUGUACAUCCCUAACAGGGACUAUGGUAAGAUAAACACGAGUCUUUAACUUGUAAUUAUAAGAAACCUGUACAAACAGCUUCUCAAUGUAAGAAACUAGAUUUGUUGAAAGGUUUUCUAUGAAAUUUUAUUAUUUUGUCUUCUGUAAAUAUAACUCAAAGGAUAAUAAUAUACUGGAACUACGUUUUACUCAUAUUGUUAACAUGUUGAUAAUUGAUAAAUAAAAUAUUAAUAACAGCAAAA